GAAAUGUAUUGGGAUUUGCCUUGGAAAGGGCUGAAGCAGGAGAGGGGAAAGCAAUGUCCAGGCCUGGGAGAGGGAAAGGCAGGAUGGACCUGGGGGAGAGACCACCCCCAUCUUCCGUGGGGAGGGAACUGAGCUACCUGGGAACAUGAUUGGGAAGAACAUGCCCAUUCCCACUCUGGCAGGUCGUCGCACCUUGAGGAAGAGCAUCCUCCCUGACUUCAUCCCUCCAGCCCCCCAGGACCAGCUCAGAAUUUCCCAGGGAUUCUCCCUGCUUGUGCUUCCAAGUGAGGAGCAGUAGAGGGAGACUGGGAAAAGCUGCUGGAGGCUUCAGUGGCUGGAGAGCUCCAGGGAGAUGUGCACACUGGGUUGGUUCAGUUGCUGUUCCACAUGAGCCUAGGGCUGGAGGACCUUCCCAACCCAGUCCCAGCCCCAUUUCAUGUCAGACUCUGACCCUGUGUGCUCCCUGCUGCUGCCUCUGCCUUGUGCCUUCAGGGAUUCCUCUGUGUCCCGAGCCAUGCAGGGUCAGCUCAGCCUGUACCCUGGCUCCAAAGUUCAGCCUCUGCCCAAACUCCAAAGGAAGCUCACAAUGGGGGCAUGAGUCUCACAGGCAAAAACCUGGCUCUGCUGUGCCUCUUCCUCCAUCCUGCAAGGUGGCUCUCCCCUGUGCUGGGGGAGUGUUACCCAGAAGAUACAGAGUCAGCUGCAAACCUGCAAGUCACUGGAUUGUGGAGCUUGGAGGCACCUCUGGGAUGUCCUGUCCAUCCACUGGCCUAGCAGAGCCAGCUUUAGUGGGUCCAUUAUGGUGGGUUUGCUGAGAUGUGCUGUGCAGGCUCAGGGGUUGGACUCGAUAGUCCUUGUGGGUUCCUUCCAACACAGGGAGUUCCAUGAUUCUGUUCUAGAAUUAGGCUGCUGAAAGCUGUGACCAGGUGGGGUUUGAGAAUCUCCCCAAAUUGAACCUCCCAGCAGCUUGGGAGUCUGCUCUGGUUUGACAGCCCUCACAGGAAAAAAAGGUUUUUCUUUCAAGUGGUAUUUGCUGUUCUUGCCUUGUUCUUGUCUCAGUCCUUACUGGGACACUCCCUGCACCCUCCUGCCAGGGCUUAUCUGGAUGACAUUCCCCUACACUUCCUCCAAGCUGGGCACAUCCAGCUCAGCCUCUCCUUGUGGGAGGUGCAGUCCCCUCAUCAUCAUCAGGGAAUAUCCUAAUAUCCUUCUGUGGAGAUCAAAAAACCAUCGGGACACAUCCUCCAGGGAACCCUUGUGGAGCAGAGGGGUGGGAUGUGGUGACCUCCUGUUGUGCCAACCAUUCUGUACUAUCCUGUGAUCGUGAUCAUUAUCACUCAAUCUGCUCUGGUGUGCCCACAUCUCAUACUGGGAGCACCAGCAUCCCCAGUGCAAAGGGGAGGGGUCACAUCUCUGAGAGAGGCUCUGCCCAUGGCACCCAGGAGGCCAGUGGCUACUUUGCCAGUUGCCAGCUUGGUGCUGCCAGGUUCCUGGGCAGGGCUCCUGCUCUCCAGCAUGCCUGGACUGGGGGAUGUGGAGCUGCUGGUCCUCACUGGGCCUGGCCAGCACUGGGAGGAGCUGAGCCUGUGUUUUACUGCCCCGAUGCAAUCCCGCUGCAAUCUGCUUUCCAAGGCCGUUGGCUCAGUGGAAGGAUCUGCUCAAUGGGGCCCCUCUCAGGGCACGAAGGCUGCGGCAGCAAAGGGGAGAGGGGUCCUGUGGGGUAGCAGCCCCUUCCUCUGCCCAGAUAGGGAAACCAGUGGGGUCAGUAGUUGCCAUCGCCAGGCAACACUGGUGGUGAUCUGUGGGGCUCUGGCUACCAAGCUGUGCUUCUUUCAGCCUCAUCAGCCCUUGCUGGGGGGUCUGCCAGGAAUGUUUUACCCCAGAACUGACCUGGUUGUGGCCCUGGAGCUGUGCCCCUGCACCCCAUGGCAUUCAUGAGCUGGGUGCUGAGAUGCUCCUGCCAGCUGGAGCAGGGCAGGCAGGGUGAAGGCUGGCGUCUUGGAAUCCCCAGGCUCCAGGGGGACCUCUGAGUCCCUUACAGUGCCUAAAGGGGCUCCAGUAGAGCUGGAGAGGGACUUUGGACAAGAGCUUGGAGUGACAAGACAAGUGGAAAUUACUUCCCAUUGCCAGAGGGCAGGAUAAAAUGGAAUAUUGGAGAUACAGCUGACUCCCAGCUCAGCUGUUCUCUCUGGCCAGAGUGCAGCCCACAGCCAAUCCUGCACCCAAAGUCUCUCCCACUCUCCUUAUGCGCAGGGACUGGCAGAGCCCCCAUAUCCCUGGCAGAGGUGCCAGCAUCCCCCACAGGGCUGGCAGCAUCCCUGGCUCAGCAGGAAGUGUUCUCAUCCCCCACCAAGCCAACACAUUCCAGCGGGCUGUGCCCUGUCCCAGUCAGUGUGUCACCCACCGUCCUGUUCUGUAUGGAAAACAGACUGAAGAAGGGAGGUUCGGGGGAAAAGCCGAAGGUGUCCACGGGCAGCUGGCUGCAGCUCGCUGCUGAGGUGCUGCCGGUGCUGCUGACAGGACCGCGCUGCACGGUCCCAGCCGGCGCAGCCAUGCCAUAAACCCGCUCCCUAGCCAGGGAGCCGAUAACAGCGGGGCCAAAGUCCAACGCAGGCAGGUCCAGGGGAGCACAUUCCAGCCCGAGGGGAGCACAUUCCAGCCCGGGGCUCACAGUGUGGCCUCUUCCAGCUCCGUUUUACCGUCGCAGUGGCCGGGAUGGCUGCAGGCAGGCAGGAGAUGUUGGCCCUCCUAGUGCUGCUGGCCAGAACUGUCCUCCCCAGUGGAUCCGUGGUCGUCAACAGCUGCAGCAGCGCAGCUGAGCAGCUCUGCAACUUUGUCUGUGACUGCAGCGACUGCUCGGAUGAGAACCAGUGUGGGUACCUACGGGGCUCAGCAGUGCUGGGCACCCCCUUCACCUGUGACUUCGAGGACAGUAACUGUGGCUGGCAGGACGUGGGCACCUCGACGUAUGGAUGGGUGCGAGGCCGGGCUAGCCUUGCCAUGUGGGGCAUGGGGCCUCAUUCAGACCACACUCUGGGCACUGACCUGGGUUGGUUCUUGGUCACCACGUCCUCCCCAGCAAAGACCACGGCCACAGCCUGGCUCAGGUCACCGGAGAUGCGGGAAGCAGCUGCCACAUGUGAGAUCAAAACCUGGUAUCACCUCUCAGGGAGCUGCGAGAGCAUCCAAGGGCUGAACCAGACAGAGUGGCCGGUGCUGCGCCUGGCUGUGGUACACAGGGAUGAGGUGGUGGAGCUGUGGCAGAACCCUGAGCGCAGCAGGGAGGGCUGGCAUCAGCUGGUUGCCUACCCCGGACGGAUCAGGGAGCAGUUCCAGCUCAUCUUCUCCUUGACACAACCACCCACCUGCGAGGCAGAGGUGGCACUCGAUGACAUCAUGUUCAGGAACUGUGGCUUACCAGAGGUCGGGCAGCAGGCCUGCGGGGCCCAGGAGAGCCACUGCCACAGCGGCUCCUGCCUGGCACAGCAUCGUUUCUGCGACGGCACCGACGACUGCGGGGACAACUCGGACGAGGGCCUGGCGCAGUGCAAGAACUUCACCCGCUGCUCCUUUGACUAUGAUCUCUGUGGCUGGGAGAUGGCGGCCGGGCCACCAGUGUGGGGCAGGAACAUGAGCCUGAAACUGGGCACCUCCUACAGCAUUCCCACUCGGGACCACAGCAACAACAGCAGGGCUGGUUUUUUCCUCCAUGUGAGCAGUGACUCCGCUGCACAGGCUGGUGGCACAGCUCAGCUCAGCAGCCCCACCUUCCAAGCCACCAACUCCUGUUCUCUCGUACUGUACUGCCACCUCCAUGGCUCAGUCACCAGCAGCCUCAGCAUCUCCUAUGUGACCAACUCUACCAAGCACCUGAUGAGGGAAAGGACAGGAGAUUUGGGCAGCUGCUGGGUCCGGGAGAGAGUGGACUUCAAUGUGAUGGAUCCUUUCAAGGUGCUGAUCGAGGGGGUGGCUGGCAGCGGGGGGACCGUGGCUAUCGAUGACCUGAUCCUGUCUCAGGGCUGUGUGAAGGAGCAGGAGAAGCCUCUGGUCACACUGCCGAGCCAGGCACAUGCCAGCCCAUGCACAGCAGACGAGGUGGCCUGUGACAGUGGGGACUGCAUUGCUGCAGAGCUGGCCUGCGACUUCGCCGACACCUGCGCUGAUGGCUCCGACGAGAAGCGUUGUGGGACAACAACCUUUGAGUCAGGGGCUGGGGGCUGGCACGAUGUCAGCGUGGGGCAGCUGCGCUGGGGUCUGCAGAAGGUCACUGAAUCUGACAUCUUCCUCACAGGGACUUUCCUGGCCCUCCAGACAGGAGAAGGACAGAUGGUGGGUCCUGCAAAGGCACGAUCGCCUCUGCUAGGCCCCUCUGGCCCUGCCUGCACCAUGGAGAUGAGCUACCACAUCCACAGUGACCCCCAAGGCUUCCUUGCCAUCAGUGUCACAGAUCACACCACUGGCACCACCCAGCUGGUCUGGCAGACAAAACGUCAUGGCAGCACAACUGGGGGUCAUGUCCGUGUCCCUCUCGGAGAGAGAAGCCGGCCCUUUCAGGUCGAGCUGCUGGCACUGGUGGAUCUCCGGGGCUCAGCGAGUGUCAGUGUUGACAACGUGACAUUCGAGCAGUGCUACCUCGACAUGGUGUCACCCACAGCUGCGGAGCUGUCCUGCAACUUUGAGAGGGGCAUGUGUGGCUGGUACCAGGAUCUGUCCAGUGACUUCAAAUGGGUCCACAGCACAGGCCAGGGACAGGGCUCUGACCACACCACCGGCUCAGGCUACUUCUUGUCUGUGGACUCUUCUGUGCCAUGGAGCCAUGGACAGCGGGCCCAGCUCCUCAGCUCCCACCAGGAGCCGGCUGCUGCCCCACGCUGUCUCUCCUUCUGGUACCGCCUGGCGGGACCACAAAUUGGUACCCUGAACCUCAAGCUGCAGCCAGAGGGAGGGGAGGAGGUGGUGCUGUGGACCCGCCGCGGAACCCAGGGCAGCAUCUGGCACCGGGCAUGGGCAACGCUGCCCUCCACGGGCCAGCAGCGGUACCAGGUGGCUUUCGAGGUGCUGCAUGACGGUUUCCUGGGGGACGUGGGGCUGGACGACAUCACGCAGACAGCGGGACCCUGUGGGGCCAAGCUCUCCUGCUCCUUCGAGGUAGAGGACUGUGGGCUGGCAGCCAGCGGAAAGGGCACCUGGCAGCGACAGAGCAACAGCACCGGUGCCACGGUUGGCCCUGUGGCCGACCACACCACCGGCACCGCCGCAGGCCAUUACAUGGUGGUGAACACGGGCAGGGUCUCCCUCCCUGCAGGGCACACGGCUGCCCUCACCUCCCAGCCCUACCAGCCCUCCGUGUCUGGCCAGUGCCUGGCCUUCUGGUACCAGCUGAGCGCUGGGACCCCAGGCUCCCUCAGGGUGUUCGUGGAGCAGAGCAGGGUGAGGAGGAAGGUUCUGAGCGUGAGCACCAUGGAAGGCAGCAACUGGCACCGCAGCCAUGUCACCGUCCAGCCUGAUGGUGACUGGCAGGUGGUGUUUGAGGCAGUGGGAGCUGGGGGUGACCACGGAUAUAUUGCCCUGGAUGACCUGCAUGUGUCGGGGGGAGCCUGCCCCAAGCCAGCAUCCUGUGACUUCGAGCAGGACACUUGUGGCUGGAGCAGCCCCUUGGACCCCCGUUUGCACAGCUUUGCCUGGGGCUGGAAGAGUGGGAUCACCCUGGCCAAGUACCCUGGCCCUGAGCAGGAUCACACCCUGGGUACAAGGAACGGUCACUACAUGCACUUCGACACCAGCGUGCUGGGUGCCAGGGGCACCAGUGCCCUGAUGGAGGGCCCACCGCUGCCCUCAGCCACCGACUCCUGCCUGCGCUUCUGGUACCACAUGGACAUCCCGGAGCACCUUUCCAGCGGGGAGCUGCGGGUGACGCUGCACGGCGCGGCGGGGCAGCGCACGGUGUGGAGCGUGGCAGGGCACCGCAGCCGGGGCUGGCAGGGCGCCGUGGUGCCGCUGCAGAACCCCAGUGAGUUCCAGAUCAGCUUUGAGAUCACUACACGGAGGUGGCCGAUGGAGGGGACAGUGGCACUGGAUGACAUCAUGUACAGCACCACGGUGGGCUGCCACUCCAGCCCAGAGAGUCCGGUGGAAGAGAAGCCCUCCGGCAGUUUCAUGGCGGAGAUGGUGCUCAGUGUGCUCCUGGCCCUCGUCACAGUGGCGCUGGUUGCUGCUGGGGGCUGGUACUGGCUGAAACAGCGAAGGCUGGCGAGCAGGACACCGACAGAGAACAACAGUUCCCAAGGCUUCGACAACAUCACCUUCCGAGAUGACAAGGUCAUUAUAUCUCCACGGGAGGGGGAUGAGUCUUGAAAUUAGCAGCCAGCAGCAGGAAUUACCUGCUCCCCCUGCCAGGCAGACCACCCCUCGACACGAACCCACACUCCAUCAGCUGCCUGCUCUCUGCCCCCGGCACCGGGGAGCUGGCAACCCGGGGAGCCUGCCCUGCCCAGGGACACACUGCUGUCACCACUACCUCUGAGUGCUCGGAAAAAGCGUUUGUGUUGUUUGUAACAUGAACUUUUUGCUUUCAAGACA